UAUAAGGGUCGCGUGCGGGAACGAUUUUCCAAAUUUUCUAUUUUUUUCUUAAAAAAGAAAAAUAAAACAAAAUGAAAUUUUUUUUUCAAGUUCUUCUUCUUUUUCUCUCAUUUAGCUUUUAUCUACAAUUUGGCUGUACAAAUUUCGAGAUACAUCCUGAUGUUGAACUCAAAACUCCAGAUCUCAUAAGGAAAUACGGAUAUCCUCUGGAGAUUCAUAAUAUUGUGACGAGAGAUGGAUACAUUUUGGAGCUUCAUCGAAUUCCAAAUAGUCGAUUCAAUAAAAACAGACGUCAAUUAAAAAAACCAGUUCUUCUGCAACAUGGUUUGGCCGGAAGUUCUGCAGAUUGGGUUUUAAUGGGUCCGGGAAAAUCACUAGGAUUUUUUCUCGCUGACGCAGGAUUUGACGUAUGGCUAGGAAAUAAUCGAGGGAAUAUUUACUCGAGAAAUCAUACAUUCAUGACACCGAACGAUCGUUAUUUCUGGGACUUCAGUUUUCAUCAACUUGGAAUGGAGGAUUUACCGGCAAUGAUUGAUUAUAUUUUGGCGCGUACAGGAAAUGAGAAAAUUUUCUUCGUGGGACAUUCACAAGGAACGACCCAAUUUUGGGUGAUGGCUUCUGAAAGACCCGAGUAUAAUUCGAGGGUCAUUUUAACUGUCGGCCUUGCGCCCGCAGCCUUCACCGGCAAUCUACGCGGUCCGGUUAGAAAACUAACUAAGCUGACAUACUUUGGUGUGUGGGUUGGUGAAAAUUUCGGUUAUCCAGAAUUUAAAUCUCGUUCCGCUUGGGGAAAGUUCGUGUCCAAUUUAGUUUGCGAUAGUAAAGCACCAACACAAUUUAUUUGCAGCAAUUUGUUAUUUUUAGUCGCGGGUUUCAGUCGAGGCGAAUUAAAUAUGGAGAAUUUGACUGUCAUUAUUGGUCACGUACCAGCUGGAGCAUCAUGGAAAUGUUUUAUUCAUUUUGGACAAGGAUUCAUUCAUCCAGGACAUUUUAGACAAUUUGAUUAUGGAAACACUCAACUUAAUAUGAAAGUUUAUGGAUCUCCUUUUCCUCCAAAGUAUUCUUUGGAAAAUGUGACGACUCCAGUUGCUUUAUUUAGCAGUGCAAAUGAUUGGCUUGCAAUGCCUUCAGACGUGGAACUACUUCGAAAUGGAUUAAGCAAUGUUAUUCUCAAUCAUAUGAUACCAAUGAAUAAUUUCAAUCACUAUGAUUUCAUUUGGGGAAGAACUGCGCCGCAAAUGAUUUUCGAACCAGUUGUUCGAUUACUUCGAAGUGUAUACAUAAGGGAAUUUGUUCAUGUACACGGUAAACUAUUUCCGGUUACCGGCGUUCUCAUCCUCGUCAUUAUGACGGGGGCAUCAGUGUUACCGGAAAUAGAAAAUUUUUCAUUUUUCAAUGACAUUGACGAGAAUUCAUUCGCCGAUGCUAUGAAAAAUCCAAGUGAAGACGCUUAUCUCUCCACUGUUGAAUUAAUUGAGAAAUAUGGCUAUAAUGCCGAAUCGCAUCCAGUUGCAACUUACGAUGAAUAUAUUUUGGAAAUGCAUAGGAUAACUGGACCAAAAAUUAAUCCUGAUCCAAAAGGAAAACCAGCAAUAUUAUUGAUGCAUGGAAUUGUUAUGAGUUCAUCUGAUUGGAUAAUUUUGGGUCCGGAAAAUGCUCUCGGUUAUAUAUUAGCGGAUGCUGGAUACGACGUUUGGAUGGGAAACGUAAGAGGAAACACUUACUCACGAAAGCAUAUGAGUUCGUCUGUGGUUGACAAUGCUUACUGGCAAUUUAGUUGGCACGAGAUUGGUUUGAGAGAUUUACCGGCAAUGAUUGAUAAAAUUCUUUCAAAUACUGGUCUUAAAAAAAUUUCCUACAUUGGACAUAGUCAAGGGACAACAAUAUUUUUUGCAAUGGCAGCAGAAUUACCGGAAUAUGCUGAGAAAAUUGUAUCAAUGCAUGCACUUGCACCUGUUGCAUUUUGCAAACACAUGAAAAGUCCCCUUCUAAAACUUAUGUCAAAAUUUAGGACAUCUUUUACGGCAUUAACUAAAUUCUUUGGUAUCAAUGAACUUCGUUUAACGCAAUCAUUUUAUGAUAAAUUUACAUCUAAGGUUUGUGACGAGAAUUCAAUUCUUCAGCCAUUGUGCAGUAAUUUAUUAUUUUUGAUUACUGGAUUCAGUCCAAAUCAAUUAAACAUGACAAUGCUUCCCAUAAUUUUGGGACAUGUGCCAGCUGGUGCGUCUGUUAGACAAGCUGUUCAUUAUUCACAACUUAUGAACAAUGAUUACUUUCGACAGUAUGAUCAUGGAUUUUUCCAAAAUUAUCGAACAUAUGGCAAAUUUUCUCCUCCGGAUUAUGAUUUAGGCCGAAUAAAAACACCUGUAUCACUUCAUUACAGUGUCAAUGAUUGGCUAACACAUACAAAUAAAAUGUUAAAAAUUGAUAGAAAAUUUGUAUUUUUAAUUUUUUUAUAUAUCAUUAACGUUGAUGGAAUAAAAUUCAAUUCUCCCGAUUAUUUAGAUGGAAUUGAUUUAGAAGCAAUUGCCAAAGCAAUGAAGAAAUAUAAUCCCGACGCUUAUUUAUCAAUUACAGAGUUAAUAAAAAAAUAUAACUACAAUGUGGAGACGCAUAAAGUAGUGACAAUGGACGAAUAUAUUUUAGAAAUGCAUCGAAUAACUGGACCAAAAAAUAAUUCGGAUCCCAAAGGAAAACCGGCGGUAUUCCUGAUGCAUGGACUUUUAAUGAGUUCCACGGAUUGGAUUAUAUCUGGUCCAGGUCGAGCAUUAGCUUAUAUUCUAUCUGACGAGGGUUACGACGUUUGGAUAGGAAAUGCAAGAGGAAAUACAUUUGGUCGUAAUCAUAACAAAUAUCCCGUAACUACAAAAAAAUUUUGGAGUUUUAGUUGGCAUGAAAUUGGAAGAUACGAUCUACCAGCAAUGAUUGAUUUGAUUUUAGAAAAAACAGGACAUAAAAAAAUUACCUACAUUGGACACAGUCAGGGUACAACGAGUUUUUUUGUAAUGGCAUCAACAUUACCUGAAUAUAAUAAUAAAAUUAAAUCAAUGCACGCUCUUGCUCCAGUCGCUUAUUGUAGACAUAUGAUUAGUCCACCAUUUCGAUUUCUUUCUCUAAUCGUUAAAAAAAUACAGAAAGUAAUGGAAUUCUUUGGACACUAUGAAGUUACAUUGUCAUCAGAAUUUUAUAAAAAAUUUACAUCAAAAUUAUGUGGAACUGAUUCUGCUUUACAAUCAUUUUGCAGUAAUUUUUUGUUUAUGUUUGCUGGUUUUAGUCAGAGUCAAAUGAACAUGACAGAAUUACCUAUACUAUUAGGCCAUACACCAGCGGGCGCAUCAAUUUUUCAAUUGAUGCAUUACGGUCAACUUAUUAAUAACAAUUACUUCAGACAAUUUGAUCAUGGAAUUGUUGAGAACUUAAAAAUAUAUAAACAAUUCACACCUCCGCAAUAUGAUUUGAGUUUAAUUACAACGAAAACUAUUUUUUAUUACACAUACAAUGAUUGGCUGGCAAACGUAAAGGACGUUGACAGAGCUUACAGUGAAAUAAAAAAUCCAAUAGCAAGAAUUCGUGUUCCUUUAAAGGAUUUUAAUCAUUUGGACUUUGUUUGGGGUAAAGAUGCCCAUAGUUUACUUUAUGACAAAAUUUUAAGUUUUAUAUCUCGUUACGAGAAAGAGAGUGUAAAUUAAGAAAAAACAUAAAUUUUUUUUUAUUUAGAUAAAAAGUUUAAAAUUAGUUAUUACUAUUGUGAUUAUUAUUUUACUUCUAAAUAUGUGACUAUAUAUAUUAGUGUUUUGUACUAUUUUCAAUAAAAAGAAUUUUAUCUAA